AUGGCAAAGGAACCUUCUUUAGUUUCUAUUAAAUCAUCAUCUUCAACUACAACCUUCCCGCCAGUUCAAACUCCUAUUUUUCAAAACCCAACCAAUCAAAGGCAACAACUUAAACUUAAAUCACCAACAAUUUUAACCAAUAAAAUCAUUACUACCACGACUAAUUUACUACAAUCUCCAAUAACUCCAAUACAAUCUAUGGCAUCCCCAAUAACAAAUCAACUCAAACAUGCAAGUGUUUCUUUCAAUGAUUUAGAAGAAAGAACCCGAAGAUUCACCAUAUCAGCUCAACCAUCUGCUGUAAAUGUAGGUACUCAAGAAAAUAUGCCACCUCCGCCACCAUCUCAACCACAUCCACAACAACCAUCUUCUAAUCAACCUUCGAGACACACAUCAAUCAAUAGAGGACGUAAUGAAUCUGUUAAUGAUGUAUUGACAUUCAUGGCAAAUCCAAGCACAAUACCUCAACAUGUGAAAACUAGUCAUCUUCAAUCUCUACAAACAGGAAGUAAUACCACAAGAAGUAGAGACAGUACCGCUUCUCCUACUACCCCUGAAAUUGGACUCAAAAAGGGAUAUACUUUCGAACCAGAAGUUCAACCUAUGGUCAAUAGAAUAUCACCAAGUCCACCACCACCUGCAUCAGUUACAUCUCCUUAUAAUCCAUCAAAUAUUUCAAUCACUCAACCAAUUAAAAUAAAUGCAUUACCUCCAAGUGCAAAUUCAUCCCGAAGAAGUUCAAUCAAAAGAUCAAACAAAACAAUUGUUGCUUCUCCCGUGGGGCCACCAGUUCCAUUCCAACAAUAUUUAUCUAAAGAAGAUGAUGGGAAAUUUCAUAUCUUAUUAGCAUGUACUGGAUCAGUCGCAACUAUAAAAAUGCCACUUAUAAUUGAUAAAUUAUUUCAAAUCUUUGGAACAUCCCGUAUUUCAAUUCAAUUAGUCGUUACCAAAUCAGCUAGUCAUUUCCUAAAGGGGUUAAAAAUUCAUAAUGAUGUCAAAAUUUGGCGUGAUGAAGAUGAAUGGGCAAACUACAACGAAGCAUCCACAACCAUUACCGCAUCUACAACUCAAAACCCAGGACCCACCAACAUGAACAUCACAUCCUCCAACAACACCACCACUGCCACCACCACUACCACCAUAAACAAAAAGCCCAAAAAUCCUUAUGAUCGUCUAAUCCUUCAUAACGAAUUACGUAAAUGGGCCGACAUAAUGCUAUUAGCCCCACUUUCAGCCAACACAUUAGCAAAAAUCGCCAAUGGAAUAAGUGACAAUCUCUUAACUUCAAUUAUCCGAUCAUGGGGUCCUCCUGGAUCUCAACAACUGGUUAAAAAACCGAUUAUUGUCGCACCGGCAAUGAAUACGUUUAUGUAUACCCAUCCCAUCACCGCUAAACAAUUGGCAAUUAUUAUGAGUCCGGAUUUUGGGAUUGAGGUGUUGAAGCCGGUGGAGAAGGUUUUGGUGUGUGGUGAUAUUGGGAUGGGUGGGAUGAGGGAGUGGACGGAAGUGGUUGAUAUUUUGAGGAGGAAGAUUGUUGCUAUUAAGGCGGAGAAGAAGAAGUUGGAUGGGGAGAUUGCAGAAGAUGGAGAAAAUGAGAAUGAUGAUGAUGAGGAAAAUGAGGAAGAUGAGGAGAAUGACGAGGAUGAUGAUGAGGAUGACGACGAUGAUGAUGACGACGAUGAGGAUGACGAUGAGGAUGACGAAGAGGAAGAAGAUGCUGAAAUCGAAACCCCAAAAGUGAGCAAUGGUAAUUCUGAGCACAAGACUAACAAUGUCACAGAAAACCGUAAAGGAAACGUCUCCGCCCCAAAUGAGAAUGAUAACGAAGAAAUGAUUUUUGAUAUAACAGAUGAUGAACAAGAUGGAGAUUCUACCAACACGGGAAUAAUACCAUCAUCGCCUUCUCCAAGUCCUUCCCAUCAACAACAAAAGAUUACUAUUCCUAAAGAAACGAAGAAUAUUAUUUAA